UGUGGACUGGAGCGCCAUUCGCUGUCGACCCGAUAUUGUUUAAAAUCAUUAAACUGCGGUAAUCGAAAAAUUAAUAUGAUAUAACAAGCAAGCAUCAAUACAGAGCGGUACACAGAGCAGCCCCCUGGAAAGGUAUCAAAUGAAGCUAGCUAAAUUCAAGAGAACCGACGUUAACGUAAAUUGCAGAGAACUAUUCAGGCGAGAAUAAGCCGUUUACGCUCAUUUACUAAAGUUGAGACAAACAUGGUGUCUUCACUGGUCGUCCCCGUUAUUGAUGUCCAGAAUGAUAACUUCAGAGAGCUUUGGCCCGCCAUGGUGGUGGCCAUUAAAACGGCUUCCUUCCUUGCGCUGGACACGGAGCUAAGUGGUCUUGGAAACAGGAAGUCCUUGCUGGCCGAAUCCAUAGAGGACCGAUACAAAGCCAUAUGCAGCGCUGCUCGCUCUCGCUCCAUCCUCUCACUUGGAAUCGCCUGUUACAAGAAGCUAGACGACAAGGCUGCGCACACAUACCUGGUCCAGGUGUACAACCUCACCCUGCUGUGUUCAGAGGAGUACAUGAUAGAGCCCCAGUCAGUCAAGUUCCUGGUCCAGCACGGCUUUGACUUUAACAAGCAGUACGCCAGUGGAAUCCCUUACCUCAAGGGCAAUGGCAAGGGGACCUCAGAGGAGCAGGGGGUCCACAUGCGGGCCUUGUUCACCGAGGUGCUGCGAGCCAGGAAGGCCCUGGUGCUCCACAACGGCCUCAUCGACAUGGCCUUCCUGUACCAGAGUUUUUACGCGAAUCUGCCCGAUCGCUUGGCGACCUUCACCGCCGACCUUUCCGAGAUGUUUCCUGCUGGAAUCUACGACACCAAGUACGUCACCGAAUUUGAGCUCCGGCUUCCCGCCUCCUAUCUGGAGUAUGCCUUCAAGAAAUGUAAGCUGGACAACAGUCGCAUCGUGACCUCUGGAGGCGCCGUGCCGCACGUACACGUCGAGUUCUGUCAGUACGCAGGUCACUUGUCCAGCUAUGUGGACUACAGAACGUGUCAAGAUGUGUCCUCUGCUGAGGGACAGACGGACAUCUGCGAGCGCUUCUCUGCGUUUGGCUGGUGCCCAAACGGAGCCCAGUGUCCGUCAUCCCACGACACCGACCUGAUCAUCCUCCAGGACGAGAAGGGCGCGGGGGACAAGAAGAAGAAGAAGAAGCGGAUCAGAAACAAGAAGAGAGGUCGGGGUGAGGCAGAGAACGGCGGCGCCGUCUGUGACGGUGCUCCUGACCACAAAAUCCCCCACAUGGAGUUGGACUCAGGAGACGCACCAGCCGCGCUGGGCCCUGAAAGAGACAACUCUCAGAAGGAAGACGGCGACAUGAAAGCGGACGAUGAGGGGAACCAAGUCUCUGAGAACAACCCUGACCACAAAAAUCCUGCAGCAGCUGAAGCGCCGACCGAUGGCGAGACGAACACAGCAACAAGCAACACAAAGGAGAGCCGAGAGGAAGCCAGAGAGACGGGGGCGCUUAGCAACCAACAAGCUAACACCAACACUUCCAAGGCUGACCCGGGAACGCACCGCGCCGGCUUCGAUGCCUACAUGACGGGAUACAUCUUUGCCCACUCAUGCACCAUGAUCAAGAAGGACGGAGUGGGACCUGUAGAGAAGGAGCAGCAGCAGGAAGUGGUGGACAAGGAGAAGCAGCAGCAGGAAGUGGUGGACAAGGAGAAGCAGCAGCAGGAAGUGGUGGACAAGGAGAAGCAGCAGCAGGAAGUGGUGGACAAGGAGAAGCAGCAGCAGCAGGAGGAGGCGUGGCUUCCUACAUGUCUCAAUAAGGUCUACCUCAGCGGAAAGGCAGCUCCUCUCAACGUGGUUAAAAGCACUUUCGCCAGGUCGUCCAAGGUCCACAUCCAGAAGAUGAAGGCGGUUUGGGCUCUGUAGUGUAUUAUAGUUUACACAUGUGCAGGAUCAGUCAUAAAUAUUUCAUCGAUUUCGUGAAUUGUAUCAUUUACUACAUUUGUGAUGCCCGCAGGAUGAAUCCCAUUGACUCUUUUCCUCGGUCACCGUGAGGUUUAGCUAAAUCAGGUGUAAUGUUCAGUUUGUUGAUUAGUUUUGGUAUGACAGUACAGCAAGAAUUCCUGAGACAAAUUAGAUGUUGUUUAAUAAACUGAUGCUCGUUAAGAACAA